AUGGAUGAGAGGGUGUUAGAACUGUCCAGUAAAGAGUACCUUAGUGCUGAGACAAGCACCAAAUUGGAUGAAUUUAAAAGUCAGUCAGAAGAAGAUGAUAAUCAGACGAAACCUCGCAUCACCAGAGACGUGGAUCCAGCAAAGAAAUUUGUUUCGGGUUUUGUUGAUAAGCUUGAAACGGUCAAAAAACACGAUUCCGAAGAAGACUACGAUGAAGAACCAAAGUAUAUAAACAGUGAAAGUUUAAGUGGCAGAGGAACUAGUGACCGGUAUGUGGUAAGAGUGUACAGCAGUAAGUACAAUAAUGAUGAUUUUGAUGGUGAUGACAUGGAAGAAAAAGACGAGAGAUCAUCGCUUGUGGGUGAUUCCCGCUCUGAGGUCCAGAAUAAUAAAGGUGGCGAAUUAGAAGACGUGAAGUCAGUUGAUGACAACGAAAAAGAGGCUCAAAUGGAAACAGAACAAACAAAAGGAACUCAUUCAAAAGAGAGGAAUAAGACAGAACUUUCAAGGGAGAUAACUGCUGAGAAAGAAAAUCUUGAUACUAGCGAAGGGUCCAGUGAAAAUAAAACAUUGGGGAAAUUGGAUAGAAGACUUCCAACGAAGGAUGGAAAGAAAGACCAUGAGUACACUAAGUCGAAUUUGCAAGAAAAAUCUAAGAAAAUUCCGGAAAGUGAGAAUGUAGACAAGGAGGGGCAAAGAGAAAAAAGUGACGAAGCAAAAGACCAAAGAAACGCUGGAAUUCUGAACGCCGUGAAAGAUAAAAGGAACGCCAAUGGUCAAAUUCAAACUGACAAUGAAAUUGCAGACGAUACUCACUCUACAAAAAGUUUCGGUUCUUUAGGGAUGGACCCCACAGAAGACAUUAGCGAAAGAAAAACACCAAACAAGUUAAUGAGUAUAAGCCUGACGGUUUCUAAAGGAAAACAAAACUGCACAACAAGAAUAAGUGAUGCUGAAAAAGCAGAGUUUGAUGACAGAGAAAAACAGAAUGAAAAUAAGAAGAUGAAAGGCUUGAAUUUACGGCUUUCCAAUUUGCUGAAAUGGCACAAUAAGAUUGCAGCAGCAGAAAAAAUGGGAAAGGCACCCGAACUGUGGGGAAGUGGUUUUCACUUCGACUUGCAACAAUACCCGAAUGGUCAUGAAAUGGCAACGAGAAUCCGCCGAGAAGCAGCAACUGUUGGUAAAUCAUCAAACAAAUUAAUGAAUAAAAACCCGGUUGCUUCCCAAGGAAAACAAAACCUCUCAACGACGAAAAGCGAGGAAGAAAAUGAAGAUUUUGAUGAAAGAGAUGACCAGAAUGAAAGGAAAAAUAUUAAAGGCCUGAAUCUACGGCCCUCCAAUGUGUUGAAAACAGUAAGCAAACCGGGAAAGCAAAUAUCAAGAACUGAUUUAGAGGGAGUCCGAGUUCUAUCUAAUAAACUAAGUCGUGGGGAGAAACAAGGAAUGGCGAAGCGCCCCAACUUACUCGACGAUGAUGAUGAUGAGGAUGACUCUAUACCAUCCAAAAUGUCGGGUAGUGGUUCUCGUCUCCACUCGCGAAAAUACACGAAUGAUCAUAAAAAGACUGGGAGAAGUAGUCGGGAAUCAGCAACUGUUGGAAAAUCAUCAAACAAAUUAAUGGAUAAAAACCCGAUUGCUUCAAAAGGGAAACAAAUUCUCUCAAUGACCAAAAGUGAGGAAGAAAAAGAAGAUUUCGAUGAGAGUGAUGACCAGAACUCAAGCAAAAAUAACAAAGACCUGAAUCAAGGUCUUCCAAAUAUGCAGAAAUUCAAAGUUGCAACAACAGGCAAACCAGGAAAACAAAUAUCGGGAACAGAUUCUCAAGGUGUCAGAGGUCUAUCUAAGAAGCUAACUGGAGAUAAACAAGGAAUGGUGAAGCUUUCCAAUUCACUCGACGACGAAGACGAUGAGGACGACUCUAAGUCAUCUACACAAUCUGGUGGUGUUUCUCGUCUCAACACGCAAAAAUACGGAAAUGAUCAUAAAACGGCCUCAAGAAUCCGGCGAGCAGCAGCAACUGUUGGAAAAUCUUCAAACAAAUUAAUGAAUAAAAAUCAGAUUCUUUCAAACGGAAAUCAAAUCCUCCCAACAAUGAAUAGUGUGGAAGAAAAAGAAGAUUUUGAUGAGAGUGAUGACCAGAAGUCAAGCAGCAAUAAUAAAGGCCUGAAUCAACGUCUUCCAAAUAUGCAGAAAUCCAAUGUUGCAACAACAGUCAAACCAGGAAAGCAAAUAUCGGUAACUGAUUCUCAAGGUGUCAGAGGUCCGUCCAAGAAACUAAGUGGAGAUAAACAAGCAAUGGUUAAGCUUCCCAAUUCACUCGAUGACGAAGACGAUGAGGAUGACUCUACAUCAACUUCACAAUCUGGUGGUGUUUCUCGUCUCAACACGCAAAAAUACGCAAAUGAUCAUAAAAUGGCCUCAAGAAUCCGUCGAGCAGCAGCAAAUGUUGGAAAAUCAUCAAACAAAUUAAUGAAUAAAAACCCGAUUGCUUCAAAAGGGAAACAAAUUCUCUCAAUGAUGAAAUGCGAGGAAGAAAAAGAUUCUGAUGAGAGUGAUGACCUGGAUGAAAGUAACAAUAAUAACGACCUGAAUCAACGCCUUUCUAAUAUGAAAAAAUCAAAAGUGGCAACAAAAAGCAAACCAGGAAAACAAAUAUCGGGAAAUGAUUCUGAAGCAGUCCGAGCACUGUUUAAGAAACUAAGAGGUGGGGCGAAACAAGGGAUGUCGAAGCUCCGUAUUUUACUUAACUACGAAGACGACGAUGAUGAAUCUAAUUCUUCUACACAGUCGAGUAGUGGUUCUCGUCUCAACUCACAAGAAUACGCAAAUCAUCAUAAAAUUGCCUCAAGAAUCCAGCGAGCAGCAACAAAUGUUGGAAAAUCAUCAAACAAAUUAAUGAAUAAAAACCCGAUUGCUUCAAAAGGAAAACAAAACCUCUCAAUGAUGAAAAGUGAGGAAGAAAAAGAUUUUGAUGAGAGUGAUGACCUGGAUGAAAGUAACAAUAAUAACGACCUGAAUCAACGUCUUCCAAAUAUGCAGAAAUCCAAUGUUGCAACAACAGGCAAACCAGGAAAGCAAAUAUCGGGAACUGAUUCUCAAGGUGUCAGAGGUCUGUCUAAGAAACUAAGUGGAGAUAAACAAGCAAUGGUUAACCUUUCCAAUUCACUCGACGACGAAGACGAUGAGGACGACUCUACAUCAACUACACAGUCGAGUAGUGGUUCUCGUCUCAACUCGCAAGAAUACGCAAAUGAUCACAAAAUGGCCUCAAGAAUCCGUCGAGCAGCAGCAAAUUUUGAAAAAUCAUCAAACAAAUUAAUGAAUAAAAACCCAAUUGCUUCAAAAGGGAAACAAAUUCUCUCAAUGACCAAAAGUGAGGAAGAAAAAGAUUUUGAUGAGAGUGAUGACCUGGAUGAAAGUAACAAUAAUAAAGGCCUGAAUCAACGUCUUCCAAAUAUGCAGAAAUCCAAUGUUGCAACAACAGGCAAACCAGGAAAGCAAAUAUCGGGAACUGAUUCUCAAGGUGUCAGAGGUCUGUCUAAGAAACUAAGUGGAGAUAAACAAGCAAUGGUUAACCUUUCCAAUUCACUCGACGACGAAGACGAUGAGGAUGACUCUACAUCAACUACACAGUCGAGUAGUGGUUCUCGUCUCAACUCGCAAGAAUACGCAAAUGAUCACAAAAUGGCCUCAAGAAUCCGUCGAGCAGCAGCAACUGUUGGAAAAUCAUCAAACAAAUUAAUGAAUAAAAACCCGAUUGCUUCAAAAGGAAAACAAAACCUCUCAAUGAUGAAAAGUGAGGAAGAAAAAGAUUUUGAUGAGAGUGAUGACCUGGAUGAAAGUAACAAUAAUAAAGGCCUGAAUCAACGUCUUCCAAAUAUGCAGAAAUCCAAUGUUGCAACAACAGACAAACCAGGAAAGCAAAUAUCGGGAACUGAUUCUCAAGGUGUCAGAGGUCUGUCUAAGAAACUAAGUGGAGAUAAACAAGCAAUGGUUAACCUUUCCAAUUCACUCGACGACGAAGACGAUGAGGAUGACUCUACAUCAACUACACAGUCGAGUAGUGGUUCUCGUCUCAACUCGCAAGAAUACGCAAAUGAUCACAAAAUGGCCUCAAGAAUCCGUCGAGCAGCAGCAAAUUUUGAAAAAUCAUCAAACAAAUUAAUGAAUAAAAACCCAAUUGCUUCAAAAGGGAAACAAAUUCUCUCAAUGACCAAAAGUGAGGAAGAAAAAGAUUUUGAUGAGAGUGAUGACUUGGAUGAAAGUAACAAUAAUAAAGGCCUGAAUCAACGUCUUCCAAAUAUGCAGAAAUCCAAUGUUGCAACAACAGGCAAACCAGGAAAGCAAAUAUCGGGAACUAAUUCUCAAGGUGUCAGAGGUCUGUCUAAGAAACUAACUGGAGAUAAACAAGCAAUGGUUAAACUUCCCAAUUCUCUCGACAACGAAGACGAUGAGGAUGACUCUACAUCAACUACACAGUCGAGUAGUGGUUCUCAUCUCAACUCGCAACAAUACGCAAAUGAUCACAAAAUGGCCUCAAGAAUCCGUCGAGCAGCAGCAACUGUUGGAAAAUCAUCAAACAAAUUAAUGAAUAAAAACCCGAUUGCUUCAAAAGGGAAACAAAUCCUCUCAAUGACCAAAAGUGAGGAAGAAAAAGAUUUUGAUGAGAGUGAUGACCUGGAUGAAAGUAACAAUAAUAAAGGCCUGAAUCAACGUCUUCCAAAUAUGCAGAAAUCCAAUGUUGCAACAACAGGCAAACCAGGAAAGCAAAUAUCGGGAACUAAUUCCCAAGGUGUCAGAGGUCUGUCUAAGAAACUAAGUGGAGAUAAACAAUCAAUGGUGAAGCUUCCCAAUUCUCUCGACGACGAAGACGAUGAGGACGAUUCUAAGUCAUCUACACAGUCGAGUAGUGGUUCUCGUCUCAACUCGCAACAAUACGCAAAUGAUCACAAAAUGGCCUCAGGAAUCCGUCGAGCAGCAGCAACUGUUGGAAAAUCAUCAAACAAAUUAAUGAAUAAAAACCCGAUUGCUUCAAAAGGGAAACAAAUCCUCUCAAUGACCAAAAGUGAGGAAGAAAAAGAUUUUGAUGAGAGUGAUGACCUGGAUGAAAGUAACAAUAAUAAAGGCCUGAAUCAACGUCUUCCAAAUAUGCAGAAAUCCAAUGUUGCAACAACAGGCAAACCAGGAAAGCAAAUAUCGGGAACUGAUUCUCAAGGUGUCAGAGGUCUGUCCAAGAAACCAAGUGGAGAUAAACAAGCAAUGGUUAAGCUUUCCAAUUCCCUCGACGAAGAAGACGAUGAGGAUGACUCUACAUCAACUACACAGUCGAGUAGUGGUUCUCGUCUCAACUCGCAAGAAUACGCAAAUGAUCACAAAAUGGCCUCAAGAAUCCGUCGAGCAGCAGCAACUGUUGGAAAAUCAUCAAACAAAUUAAUGAAUAAAAACCCGAUUGCUUCAAAAGGGAAACAAAUUCUCUCAAUGACCAAAAGUGAGGAAGAAAAAGAUUUUGAUGAGAGUGAUGACUUGGAUGAAAGUAACAAUAAUAAAGGCCUGAAUCAACGUCUUCCAAAUAUGCAGAAAUCCAAUGUUGCAACAACAGGCAAACCAGGAAAGCAAAUAUCGGGAACUAAUUCUCAAGGUGUUAGAGGUCUGUCCAAGAAACCAAGUGGCGAUAAACAAGCAAUGGUUAAGCUUUCCAAUUCCCUCGACGAAGAAGACGAUGAGGAUGACUCUACAUCAACUACACAGUCGAGUAGUGGUUCUCGUCUCAACUCGCAACAAUACGCAAAUGAUCACAAAAUGGCCUCAGGAAUCCGUCGAGCACCAGCAACUGUUGGAAAAUCAUCAAACAAAUUAAUGAAUAAAAACCCGAUUGCUUCAAAAGGGAAACAAAUUCUCUCAAUGACCAAAAGUGAGGAAGAAAAAGAUUUUGAUGAGAGUGAUGACUUGGAUGAAAGUAACAAUAAUAAAGGCCUGAAUCAACGUCUUCCAAAUAUGCAGAAAUCCAAUGUUGCAACAACAGGCAAACCAGGAAAGCAAAUAUCGGGAACUAAUUCUCAAGGUGUCAGAGGUCUGUCCAAGAAACCAAGUGGAGAUAAACAAGCAAUGGUUAAGCUUUCCAAUUCCCUCGACGAAGAAGACGAUGAGGACGACUCUACAUCAACUACACAGUCGAGUAGUGGUUCUCGUCUCAACUCGCAAGAAUACGCAAAUGAUCACAAAAUGGCCUCAAGAAUCCGUCGAGCAGCAGCAACUGUUGGAAAAUCAUCAAACAAAUUAAUGAAUAAAAACCCGAUUGCUUCAAAAGGAAAACAAAUCCUCUCAUUGAUGAAAAGUGAGGAAGAAAAAGAUUUCGAUGAGAGUGAUGACAUGGAUGAAAGUAACAAUAAUAAAGGCCUGAAUCAACGUCUUCCAAAUAUGCAGAAAUCCAAUGUUGCAACAAGAGGCAAACCAGCAAAGCAAAUAUCGGGAACUAAUUCUCAAGGUGUCAGAGGUCUGUCUAAGAAACCAAGUGGAGAUAAACAAUCAAUGGUGAAUCUUCCCAAUUCUCUCGACGACGAAGACGAUGAGGACGACUCUACAUCAACUACACAGUCGAGUAGUGGUUCUCGUCUCAACUCGCAAGAAUACGCAAAUGAUCACAAAAUGGCCUCAAGAAUCCGUCGAGCAGCAGCAACUGUUGGAAAAUCAUCAAACAAAUUAAUGAAUAAAAACCCGAUUGCUUCAAAAGGGAAACAAAUUCUCUCAAUGACCAAAAGUGAGGAAGAAAAAGAUUUUGAUGAGAGUGAUGACUUGGAUGAAAGUAACAAUAAUAAUGGCCUGAAUCAACGUCUUCCAAAUAUGCAGAAAUCCAAUGUUGCAACAACAGGCAAACCAGGAAAACAAAUAUCGGGAACUGAUUCUCAAGGUGUCAGAGGUCUGUCUAAGAAACUAAGUGGAGAUAAACAAGCAAUGGUUAAGCUUUCCAAUUCCCUCGACGAAGAAGACGAUGAGGAUGACUCUACAUCAACUACACAGUCGAGUAGUGGUUCUCGUCUCAACUCGCAACAAUACGCAAAUGAUCACAAAAUGGCCUCAGGAAUCCGUCGAGCACCAGCAACUGUUGGAAAAUCAUCAAACAAAUUAAUGAAUAAAAACCCGAUUGCUUCAAAAGGGAAACAAAUUCUCUCAAUGACCAAAAGUGAGGAAGAAAAAGAUUUCGAUGAGAGUGAUGACCUGGAUGAAAGUAACAAUAAUAAAGGCCUGAAUCAACGUCUUCCAAAUAUGCAGAAAUCCAAUGUUGCAACAACAGGCAAACCAGGAAAACAAAUAUCGGGAACUGAUUCUCAAGGUGUCAGAGGUCUGUCUAAGAAACUAAGUGGAGAUAAACAAGCAAUGGUUAAGCUUUCCAUUCCUCGACGAAGAAGACGAUGA